GCCAUUAUCAAACAUUCUAUAUUUCGGGCGAGGGGACCUUUGUCUCCAAGCAACAAGGAUCCUGUCGAUUCUCGGGCCAAGGCCACACGAAGUCAGCAUAUAAGGCGUUUAUCCAGGCCAAUGAUGUUGUAAAUACUUUCGCAAAAAUACACGAAGUAGUAUGCCAGCGGCAUGCAAGGAGCAAGAAUUGACGAUGAGCCAGCCUAUCGGUUGAGAUCUUGCAUGCCGUUUGAAAAGUUUUGGAGAUGCUGCCUGUUCAUUCGCGGGCUAUUCUUCAAUGUGUUUGUAGCUGUAAGACUGUUUGAGAGUUUGUCAACUGACUCUCAUUUUUUCCUUACUACCAUCUGGCUCCAGCAGAGAGAAUGGCUUCGGCACACGUAGAAACACCACCUGCAGACACAACUGGUCUACCAGAUUAUCUUCUGGACCCUAAUGCAGUGAUGAAAGACGUUGAUGCCAAAUGGCGAUACAAUCAACCGCCGGACUAUACAAAUACAAGAAGAGUCUGGGCACAGACCAAAACACAAAGUCACACGGCUACGUCCCUACCAUCUCUUGUCGAAAACCUCGUCAAGAACUGGGAAGUAGAAGCCUCUUUCAAAACUGACAUUUCUGACUGGCGCACCAUCGAUCAUCCCAACUUCACAUUCUCUAUCAAUGGCUCUGCGCCUGUUACAGGUGAAUAUAUGUUGAAAGUGGGCACUUAUAAUGCUAUCCUUACAUCGAACGAAUACUAUUCUCCGGAAAAAUCAGAUUUUUCGAGCAGUCACAGGACAUUUAAAAGGAUGAUGCCAACCUUCGCAUGGGAGGUAUUAGAGGUAUAUAGUGGGCCACCAACCGUUAGUUUCAAAUGGAGACAUUGGGGUAUUAUGAAGAAUGAUUAUGUUGGAGUUAAUGACAAAGGCGAAAAGGUAACCAUUCCCUCGCAUGGCGGAACAGUCGACAUCAAAGGCGUUGCAAUAGCGAAAGUCGACUCAGCAGUACGUCUCCAAGCUGUAGAGAUAUUCUACGAUCCCCUAGAGAUGUUCCGACAGAUAGUGAACAAUAGCGAUGUCAAGAAAUCCGAGUUGCCUAAAGGGAGCAAGGACGAUCUAACAACAUUGUUACAUGGGGAAGGAUAUGCGGCUGAGCAGUCAGAGGCUGCGGUGUUAUCCACAGGUUGCCCAUUUAUGCCCGGGGAGAACAGGGAAUAAGGUCGAUAUUUGGAACUAUGAUACAUGGUCCUCUCAAUUGGAAGUACUGAGAGACUUGAUACCGCUGGGAUAUGACUGUUUUUGCGCUUGAGGACCGCGAUUGAGAAAAAUUGAAUCUAAAUUUGCCCACUCAACCAUUUAUCUACUUGGUAGUAGAGCAUCUACUAUCUUGCACG